AUGAAGAAGUCUUAUACUGCAUUUCCAGCACUGGACAUCAGACCCGCUCUGGUAUAUGUACCAGAUAUCUGUCUGAGGAAUGUCUUCCAUUGGUCAGACAACAGGGACAGAUCUCAUGCUGCCUUGGUCUGUAAAAAAUGGAAUUGGGUCAUGCACUCGGGAUCCCUCUGGAGAAGUAAAACCAUAACAUUUUAUGGCCGACCAUCAAGGGAAGACACAUUGGAAUUGCAACGUGCACUGUGGUAUGUCAAGAAAUUUGCCAAGUAUUUGGAGCGCCUGGAGAUCAAGUUAUGGACUCCUUACAAUACUGCCUUUACCCAAAAAUUUCAAGUGACUUUGAGAGGUCUUCUUUCACACCUGGUCAAUUGUAACAGUCACCGUACCCUGAGCAUUGAGUACCUGGCAUUAGACCACUUGAUCUGGAAAAAUGUGAUCAGGGCUCAGUUUCUCAAGAACUUAGCUACCUUCUUGAAAAGAAUGAGCAAACACCUUGAUUAUCUCAACUUAAAAAGAGGAAGAGUAACCUUGGAAGAAGGCUGUGAGCUUCUGAAUUCUCUGAGCUGCUUGACAAAUAAAAGCUUUGUAUCUGAAAUCAAUAUUGAGGAUUUCUUCAGUCUCCACCUUCCUGUAAAAGGAACCUUGCACUUUGCAAAAAUUCUUUGUCAGGAGAUGAUGUUUUCCAUCAGUUUGGAGUGA